ACUGCAGUUUAUUGAGGUUAGCUACACCACAUAACUUUCCUCAUCUGCAUGCGAGCUCAAAGGGCUGUUCCAAAAGAGGCUUAUUUCACAAUCUGUUUAUUUUUACUUUCCUUCUCUCAGUGAACAUACUGAUGUCGGAUUUACCUGUUACCUGUCAUUUUCUUGAGAAACUGACACUUGUUUAGAGUUUUCUCUUUCUCUCUCUUUCUCUCUCUGAGCUUUAACUUUACCUCAGAAAUGUCAGGGAACCUGUACGGAAAUAAAACUCCACUCUAACAUACAUGGGGGACAAUGCAGACUUCAAGGCCCUGAGGGCCAAGUUUCAUGCUCAAGCUGAAAGGGCCGCAUCCAGUGCUGGAGCUUACUCCAGGCCUCACAUUGCUGGUUAUUUGCCAGAGUCGUCAGACAAUGGAUUGGUCCGAAACAAAAUUCCCCUCGUAACAACACCAAAGCCGCUCUUUCCAGUGAACCCCGGCACUGAACCCAAGAGAUUUAGUCCAAAUCCCCAAGGGGUGUUUCCCAAACCGCCACCCUCUCACCGUUUAGGAGCUAAAGAUGAUCCUGUACCACCUGUCGCUGACACUGAGAACACAAGGAGAGUAAAACUGACAGGAGAGCUUCUCCAAAACAGGAUGCUGCAACAUCUUGAGAAGAAGCCCCAAGCACAUCCCAGGUCACUACUGCCAAGUCAGAAGAGCUUGUCAGAUGUAAUUCCUCUGAGAAAACCACUCCCUAAUGUUGGGCAACGACCUACAAAGCCCAAACGACCUCCGUCUGUCAGCCUGGAGCGUUUUCGUGUCAAGGGUCCAGCCUUUCUGCACACAGUCCAUCUAGAUACUAAAGCAUCUGAAGGGCCACCACGACCACCGAAAUCAACUUUUAUGUCUGCGACACCACCCAUUACACAGAGAAUCACCGAACCUGAACAGGACACAUACGAUGAUAUCGAUUUGCCCCCACCUCCACCUCCGCCUCCUAAACCAUCUUCCAGUGAAUCAUGGACAAGCAGUUUCUCGUCUCAGGCUGAUGAGGAGAGCGAUGAUAGCGAAAUUUACGAACAUGUCGAUCAGGAGGAGAUUGCACAGCCUGUGGUUUUGGAGAAGAAAAAACUAAAAGAACACAAACGACAACAAGAAGUGGAAAAAAAGAAAGAGCAGAAGGAGAGGCUCAAAAAAGAAAACGAGUACCGAAAAAAGUUCAAAAUGGCUGGAGAAAUCGACGUGCUGCACAUAGCUCGUGUGAGAGAGGACUGGCACGGGGGGAAGAACGAUCUGCGUGUGCAACAGGGAGAAGCUGUGGAAAUCGUGCGUGUGAAGAACAACCCAGAGGGAAGAUGGCUGGCACGAAACAUGAGCGGGGAAUAUGGAUAUAUCAGUAACACGUGCGUAGAUGUGGACUAUGAAGGAAUAAAGCGAAAGAUUCUCAGCGAAGCCGCUCCUUCUGCCCUUCCUCCUCCCGCCAUAAUAGACGAGGACAUCUACGACGACGUCGGCGCCGACACGCUGAACAGCAGCCUUAAUGUGAGCGGCGAGAUAUAUGAUGAUGUUGAUCAUGUCAUACCAGAUGACUUCCCCCUGCCCCCUCCGGAGAUAUGCCAAGACCCUAAAAAAAGCAAGAAGCUAGAGAAGGAGGAAAAGGAGUUCCGAAGAAAGUUUAAGAUUGAAGGCCCCAUCCAAGUGCUGUGCUGCAUGAUGGUGGAUCCGAACGCCAACAUCAAGAAGGGCGGUGGGAAGGAGCUGACUGUUGUGAAGGGGGAAAUUCUUGAAGUUAUUCAGCAGACUAACGAGAAGAAAGUACUCUGUCGUAAUGAUCAGGGAAAAUAUGGAUAUGUUCCCAGACAUUACCUUCUACACGAGGAAAACGAAAUAUAUGAUGAUAUUGACAACAUGACAGAUAUUUAUGAUAAUGAUGUCAGUGGACCAGCUCCACUGAGGUCUUGACCAUCAUAUUAACAAUGAAACGAUCUACAAGGUGGAAGAAAAAGAGGACCUGAUGAGAUUGAUUCAUGCGUAUUGAGGGCACGAGGUCAGGGAGGAGGAGAAGAGGAGAACAUUCAAGAAAAUGUUGUACAUUGAAGAAAUAAAUGCAUAAUUUUUACUAAGCUGUAAUAUUUUAGAUUCUUUAAUUUUGUAAUACUAAUGCAAUCACCUAAUAACUGCCAUAGGUCAGCUGUUGAUUGCUGAACAUACAUUUCCAUAAACAACUAAAAAACAGACUUUUUUUUUUCAUUGAUGUGACGUGGAAAGAAUUGACUGUCUUGAGAAGGUUGCAGAUUCCAACCCCUUUUUUUAAUAUGCUUUUUAGGAGAAAUAGCACAUAUUAAUGGAUAGAACAAUGAAGUUUGAUGAAAUGUCAUCAGGAGAUCCUGAAGGCUUUAAAUGAAACCCAAUGCAGUAUUUUGAAAAGUUUUACUUCAUUUUACUUCUUUCUGGAUUGCUGGAUAGGUGCCUUCUUCCAUCCAAUGUGUUUAUCUUUUUUUUUUAAACAAACAAACAAAAAACAAAAACAAAUGCAGUCUCAAGACCAGACAUUCAGAGUUAUGAAUUUUUUAAACAGUCCAUCUAACAUUGAAGUUCGAUAACAAAACACCCAUCAGUCUCUGAUAUUAUUUAUGAUCUCACUUUAAAAAAAUGGGAGGAUCAAAACAAAAGGUUCCAUAGUCUAACACAUGUAAACAGUAUGUAAAUAUCAGCAAACAAAGUUAAAACUCUGAUCGUAUCAUCUUUUCAUCUCUAACCCAAAUGUCUUCAGUAUAUGGCAAAAACAAAAGAAAUGGCUUUGCUGUUUAGACAGCAUUAAAGCGAAACAUCUGACAUUUUCCAUUCUGCUUCCUUUUAUUCUGUAUCACCGGUGGGUUGCCCUAAGAACCAGUGAAGUCUGCAUAUCAAAGUCAUCAAGAAAGAAAUAACAUACUUCACCCCACCAGACAAAAUGGACAACAUGCAUAAAUAACAUUGACACUUUGCUUUACCGAGGAUGGAAAUCAGUCAUAACACUGUUUUGUUUCAUUCUCUGAUUUGAUUUCUAUCUCUGUAUGAAUGUCAAUUUUAUACAUUAAAUACUUGACCGUAA